GAUCCAAUGCGGAAGUCAGCCGCAUGAACUACAUCUCGGAGUGGCCGGAGACGACAGGGCAGUCCAAGCCCAGGUAGGUACGGAGGCAAUUUAACGAAUAAACUUUAUGGCGGGAGUAACCGCAUAGCUAACAGAAGCAACAAACUCGUCUGAAGGAUUUACAAUGAUGAUACCUGAGAUAAAUUCGUCGUUAAGGUCUCGCUGGUGAUGCCAAGUGUGAGGAGUUGACAAGCUAAGCUAACUGGUGCGUUAGCUCCAUAACUCUACCAACUUACCUUUAAUUCAACUGCAGCGUGUUACACUGAAAAAACAGCAUUCAGGAUAUUAUGAAUGGGCUUCUACUGAAAGGACAAGUCAUUCAUGUGCUUCAGUCGUGAGUUUUGUCCAUCUAAAUCUCCUUUUCACGUUGAUUUUGUAGUCAGACAGGUUGUGGUGCCCCCCAGGGAGGUGAAAUGCUCUUCCUCGGUCUUAGAUUAUGAUUAUUGUUCUUAUUAUUUUACAUUUGGACACGGUUUAAGGAAGGAUCUACAUGUAUAAACUGUAUGCAGCAAGAGGUGGAUACAGGGCUGUGUCCAAAAGAGGUGAUCAGGGGUGGCAUGAGCCCCCUGUUAUCAACCUGGCCCCCCUCUUUGUCAGAGGCAGGACUAUUGAGACUUUUUGUCAUUGUAGUGGGAAAUAUGGUCUAAAUAUACAGUAAAUAUUCUAUUGCUGGAGUCACCUGCAUUUUUGUGGGUUUGUUCUUAGAAUUUCAUUUUAACAGAUUAAAGGUCCUUACACAUCGGGGUGGACACAAAUAUAGAAUGCAAAAUUAGGAAAUAUUUGGAGGCGAAUUUUGAUGCGCCUGACUAUACACAUCAAGCGCGAUGCGAUUUUGCGACUUUUUUAAUCAAAAAAGCACUCUGUUCUCUGACAUGUAAACAAUCAGCCGGUUGGCCAUGUUGGAUAUACUGGUGAAUCUGACGUCGUAACAACACAAGAACUGAUUGGUCAGAAGUGGACACACAGUAUGCAAAACUUUAGAAAAAUCAACCAUAAUACGAUAAUGUUCUGUAAUGUUCUGUUUGAUGUACAGAGCCGACAGCCCGUGCUCGGCUUAAGCGUGUGAUGACGUUUCACAGCCAAUCAGAGGCGAAGGAAGUGGAACUUUGCUCUACCAUCCUAUGUAAAAAAAUAUCACCUCCAGGUUGCAGCCAUAUACUCUUGGCUAGUAGCAGGCUAUAGUCUCAUCUCAUAGUGAGACACCCUUUGACUGGGCUGCAGUCUUCUGUUGAAGAAGUCCUAACAAAUGUCAAUAUGUUGCUGCUUUUAGAUACAACAGCCUUUGAGCAAAUUUUGCGGUUGGCUGGUUUGAGGUCCAAGGCCACUAAACCAGCCCACCUCUAAAUGACAGAUAGUAUUGCCUUUUUAAGAAUUAAUAUAAAAAGCUUUUCAUUACCGCUGGUUGUCAGGUUGUUGUUGUUGUUGUUGCUGCGUCUCUGUUUGAGAUAAAUAAAGGUGAAGGGUGUGAGAGAACAGCAGUGGAGUAAGGUGAUGAAAAAUAAUUGAUUUUCAUCAUUAAAGAUAAACCACAAGUAUACAUUUUAGUUAUAUGAUAAAAUCUAUCUACCCCCCAGCCCUGCUGUUAUCACCCCUCCAAAAAAACAUCAAACUUUGGUUUUGAGAAAUUUAGCUAGCAUGGAAGUGAGUAAAACUGCAGUUCCUCAAAUGCCACAUGAUAUCAUAUAUAUAGGCCAGAUUAAUGCAGCCCUAGUAGCAACUCUUUUGUGUUACUUUCUAAUCUUAUAAAUAGCACUGUGUGCAAUCCCGUCAUGCUUCAUCCCCCAGUCAACAUAAAUCUGGUUGACACCCCUGGCUGUGAAUGCAUAGUUUUUCCAAAUAUAGGCCAGUAUUAUUUACACACUGUGGCUGCAUUUCUGCCUUGAAAGCAGGGGUAGAUUAUGCAAACAACACUGGCUCAAGGAGUAUGAGGCCACCAAAUGAAAAUACUGCUGUGACUGUGUGUAAGAAUUGAUUAAGUAUCCAUUAUUCCAUAUUCAGUUUUACAGGGACUCAGACCAGUGUGGCAAAAGAGACCAAUUUAGACAGUUAUAGAGGGUGCUGUGUGUUAUAUUUCCCACAAUGCAACCCAUUUUGCCCUCAGUCUGACUCCAAGCAGUGAUGAAACAGCAGUCACCUGAUUUACUAAGUAAUUCAUAAAUCCCUCAGAGGCAGAAAGGGUGAAGCUGAAGCAGUAAUCAGUUUUCUCUCAUCUUAUUUAAUCUGUGCAUGGAUUAAAUAAAACUACAGUAUAAAGUAAUUACUGAACAUGUUUAAUAGCUGUCUCAAGGUGAGUAUGGUGCAGAGAGCAGAUUGUAUUUCAGAAAUUACGUUUUUUUUGUCUUCUUUUCAUACGUAAAGAUUUAAAAAUGAUCUUAUAGUAAACCAGAAUAUAAGUAAUAAAGUGUGAAGUGGAGUUUCUCAGGGAUGACCCUCAGCAGCAAAUGAAUGCUCUUCAGCAUUGACAUCACUCUCCUAAUGUUUUUGUGUUUGUUUCCUCGUCUCAGCGCCUCCUGCACUCAUCCUCUUAACCAGAUUCAACAAGUCAGAGUGUCAUGCCGGUCCCAGCGAUGGCAGAGCUUGUGGUAGAUCACCAGAAACGUUUCCAGGCUGCGGUGGACGUCAUCCAUAACCUCCCCAAAAAUGGUACUCUGUGUUUGACAUGCUGCAUGUUAUCUCAUAUACCAUGUGACAUAAAGUUUGUGUCUCAGAUCUAUUAUACUCUAUGUAGUUUGUCUAAAACUCUUCUGAAGACCAAACUUGAAUGAUUAGUUAAUAUUUUAAAUUUUUUGCUAAAAACAAGGAACAUUCGGCUCCACAGUCAUUUUCUGUCACACUGUGUCCAAGUAAACGGGGUAAUAAGCAGAUAAACAAACCUAAUUUACUGAAUGUGUCAUCCUGCAGGGUCAUACCGGCCGUCCUAUGAGGUCAUGCUGCGUUUUUACAGUCUCUACAAGCAGGCGGUGUGUGGACCCUGUACAGUGGCUAGACCGGGCUUCUGGGACCCCGUUGGUCGCUACAAAUGGUAUGUAUGAAACUGUCCAUACGGUAUAAACUGUUCUAUGUUUACACUAUGUUUUAUAUUUUCUUCGGAGCGUGCAAAACCACCAGCCGUGCAACAUUUUUUUGUGUAAAUCUGUACACACCUGUGGGUAUGUGCUCUCGUAAAAAGGCGUGAGGACACAGUUUGACACUUUGCCUCGAGGCAGCAGGAAGUAAUUGCAUCCUUAACAUGCGAAGGCCUUAACUGAAGUCAACGGUACAUUACUUCUCUGCUAUUUAUUUACAAAUCAGGCAAGUUCAGAUAGUUACACACCAGCUUAUUUCACACAUGCACUCAUGUGAAUCUAAGCACAGUUGAUUUUCACUCUUGUCCCUCACAGCAAACAGUUUCAGACAUUAAUUGGCAUCUAAUUGGACAUAUUCACAGUACAAAUUGAUGAGUGUUAAAAAAGAGUGGACAAAAAAAGAUGUGAAGCAGCUUUGUUUCUGUGCAUGAAAGUCUCAGGGGUUUCGCACUGGCCACAUGAUUUAAAAGUCAUCGUCUCUGCCCAUUCGCUCAGGGUGAAGUUUCCCAACUCUCUUGCUUAGAUUUCUCUAGAGAGCUAGCAGAAGUAAAGCCAGGGUGACAGAUUCCACUGCUUUAGCAAACCCUGAAAUUGGGAGACAUAUAUUGUAUAUACACAAUAUAACCCUGGUAUUUACUCGUAUCCAUUGAAAUUUUAAAAAUCUGCAACCUGCAGUGAAGUGUCCACAGAUAUUUAAACCUACUCUCUCGUGAAAGCUUUAACAAUGGUGGCUGAAAUACAUCAGCCAGCUGCAGAAAUGACAAAAUAAAGAUGUACUUUCUGUUUUUGAAGCUCAAAAAAUUUUACUGAUUGACCCUGUCAGUGUGAAAGCAUAUUUAAAAAAGUCAAUACUUCUGUGCUUCAUGUUCACAUUUCAUAAUAUUUCUCUUGGUGUAGACAAGCAGAUAAGACUUGAGUCCACAUAUCAUAAUAUUUCAUAUGGGGGUCUGUGUUUUCUCAGUGGAGAAAUGAAACUAACCUGAGCUCAGUGUUUUAAAAAAAAAAAAAAGAUAAAUGGGAACUGACACACUAAUUUGUUUAUUUUUGUUACACCUGAAAACACCUACACAAAUUAAGACCCUGACAAUGACCCCAUAGAAAUCUCGAUACAGCCAAAGCAAAGUCAAAGAUGUCCUAUUUUUGUGAUAUUUUAAAAGUAGCAGAGAGUUUGAGCAUGACAUGACAAAAGGGUAUAAACGAUUCAGUCAAAGUAAGUGCAGUUUGUUGUGUAACGGUUGAUAUUAAAUCGAUUGUUCUCUGAUGAUGUGUCAGGGAUGCCUGGAGCAGCCUGGGAGAGAUGAGCAGUGAGAACGCCAUGGCUGCGUACGUGGAUGAGAUGAAGAAAGUAGCACAGGAGGUAAACAAUGGAUUGAUUUUGAUAUUAUUAUAGGUGAUAAUCAGCCUUUUACGCUGUUUAUUUUCUGUUAGAUCCUAGUUUUUCCUCGGCUCUGAGACCGAAAAAACACCCAUUAAAAUUCUGAAUGUGGGAGAGUUAGUCUGGUAAUUCCAACCUUGAUCCAACACUAUAACUGGGUAUAAAAAGGUACGCCAGAGAGGCUGAGUCUCUCAGAAGAAGCAAUGGAAGGAGGUUCACUGCUCUGUGAGAGACUGUGUUAGCAACAGAUCAACAACUUUAAGAUAAUGUCCUUCAGUGUGAAAUUGCAAAAAAAUGUGGGGAUUUCAUCACCUACAGUACAAAAUGUCAUUGAAGGAUUCAGAGAGUCUGAAGAAAUCUCAGUGAAAAGGGGACAAGGCCCAAAAAUAAUACUGGAUGUUUGUGAUCUAGGGGCCCUCCAAUGAAAAAAACAGACAUGACUCUGUAGUGGAAAUCCCCGUGUGAACGGCUUAAACCAUGAUUUUUGUGUAAAGAGGGAACUAUAUACAAUAUAAUCAUGAUCCAGAACCACUUCCAGGCCUUUCUAGAAUGGACUGAAGUGUGAAACUGUGGUGUGGUCUGACAAAUCAAAAUAUAACAUUCGUUUUGGAAAUCAUGGUCGCUAAAGAGUAUAGGAGUCGGGUGCUAAACUGGCGUGCCUGCAGUCCUGACUUGUCACAACAUUGAAAACAUUAGUAGCAUCCUAAAGCGAAAAACACGACAAAGGAAGUUGUUAAAGAGCUGAGAUCUUAAAUCAGGCAAGACUGGACAACAUUUCACUAUCUGAACUCCUGAAACUGGUCGCCUUAGUCCUCAAAUGUUUUCAAGACGUUAAAAGAAGUGAAGCAAUACACAGUAGAAAUGCUCCUGUUUCAACUUUUUAAACAUGUGUGGCUGGCAUAUAAUUUAGAAAUGAGAAAACAUUUUUUCAUAACACUUUUUUUUUUCAGUUUCAAUGUUUGACAUGUUAUCUUUGCACUAUUUUCAGUGAAAUACACCAAAAUUAGACUUAAUCAGUGUCUUAAUGUUUUUGUUAAAGAGGAAAAGUUUUUUUUGUUUUUUUGUAAAAACAGGAACAGCAGGUACAUCAUACUUCUAAAAACCACCAUUUAUUGAAAAAAGUCAAUCUAUCCAACAGAACACAGGAGCUGUAGUCUACCACUGGUUUGAUCUUUGGUUAGAAAUUGUUAAGGAAUACAAAAUUACUCCAAACCACCCUUUUUUAAACCCCAAAAUCGCAGCAACACAAACAAACUGACUGAUUAAAAUGUUGAGCAGCAUCUCUCAUUUGUUGCCAGGUGUAAAUAUCCUUUAGUUAAUUCAAUCAGGUGGCUGAGAGUAGUGUCAAGUGUGUAGAGGUUGUCAAUACUUUACGAAAAAGUACCUUACUAGUCAACAAAAAGUCGUAUUUCCCCGGUGACUCUUGCGUCUGACAUUGACAGACUGGGAGUGUGAAUAUGAACUCAUCACUGGCUAAAAUAGGACUCUGAGUGGAUGCAAUUUGAUUUGGGAAAUUUGCUGACAAAGAUUUGGAUUCAGCUGUUCCAGUCGGUAAUGCUGCUGGAGGGUUUCCAAACAUGAAACAGCCUUUGGGAAAACCAAAAUAUUAGUCUUUUUUUUUUAACUUAAUUUUUAAGUGUAAUGUUUCAGUGUCUUCCAAAGCCAAACAAAACUAAACCAAACAAAUCAGAACAUCCAGGUCACUGAGGGAAAUCAAUCAUUUUGUCUCAGAAAGAAAAGAAACACACACGACAACAUUGCUUCAUGUAAAAAUCCAUAGGUGAAGGGUGAAGAGGAAGGGGGUCUGUGGAGAGCCAGCACAGUCCAACCAGCCAGGGGAAGGAGUCCCUCUAGGACAAGUCCAUCAAAACAUCAGUCACAGCACCAAGGAUAAACAAUGCAAUAUGAAAAGAAAAAAAAGGGACUGCUCUAUUCUGUACUUUUAUCACGGUUCAAUCUUAGAGAGAAAGUCAACAUCUCCAUUUCAUGUAUAUCUUAAAAUAUUAGUCUUUAAGACCCCAGAUCAUGUUCAAAUAGGACUGAGGCCAAAGAAACGCCUCAUUAUCUUUUAGAUUGGCGUUUAAAGAAGAGAAAAAGCUUGUCAGCAUGGCACAAUCUGCUUGAUAAACAGGAAGCUGUAAUUAGCUGUCAAGUAAUCAAUAGAUAUUUCCACCGACUCUGCAGGUUAUCGACACCAUGCCCAUGAAUGAGAAGACCGCCUCGCUCUUCCACCACUUCGAGCCUCUCUACCUGGUGAUCGAUGACAUGCCCCGUCCUCCAGAAUCUCUGCUCUCUCUCAGAGAAGGUCGGCGACCCUCAGACUCAGCUCAGAUCUGCACUGAUUCUCCGCCUGUCGUCAGAUUUUUUUUCCCCUGACUUCACUCGGCUGUUGUCUUUGUCCACCUGUAGGCGUUAAAGACAGCGAGGAUGCUGACGGUCCAGCUCAGGUGAAGGAUGAGGAAGAGGAGCAGGCCGCUCCCACAGAAGACCCUUCUCCUCCAGAAGCUGCAGAGCCAGAUCAGGAGUUCAACCUGUCUGAGGUUAUUGAGCUCACUGCCAACACCAUCCCCAAUGGUAUGUCACACUGAUGCAAGAACUGGUUCUGCUGUCACCUGAAUCUACGUACAGAUGUACUCAAACAUGUGCAGAGGACCAAUGUGUAUCUAAAGCCUCUUAAGCCUGGUUUUGACUGAUGUGUCUUGUACUAUGCUGUCGGUACUCAUUGACAUGUAUGUCAGUUAAUGUAUGUAGGUUAACAGGCACCCUUUCAAAAACGCCGCUGUGUGCUUUCAAUUCAGACAACAAACACGAUCAUAAAAGGACUAAACUCUACUUUUUCUUUCAGUUUCCUCUUAGCUGUGAUUCACCAGGAGAAACUUUUUAAUCUAAAACUACUGAUGGGUCAUUUUUUUAUCAUGUAAAUUUGGAGUCUAGGAGUCAUUCCUCGGAGGGUCGUACCCUGCCGUCUGCUCUCUGUAGAAGUCGAAGAUAACUUGGACGUUGGAGUGGAAAUCUUUUCCUGCUCUUUCUAAACUCACUUGUUUCACGCUUGCAGACUCUGGAGUGUCGGAGGGUUUGGUGUUGACCAGCGACUCAGAGAGUGAGAUCUUCUGUGACUCUGUGGAUUCAGUGGAGCAACUCGGCAACAUCAAGGUAAACAAAGAAAGCGUAUGAUUUCUGUUUGGGUGGACAUAAAAGGGUAAAAAGUACACGGACGAUUUCAAAGAUUGUUUUUUUUUUGUACACAGAUUCCCAUUAUCAAGUCGAACGGUUUCCACAAUGGCCACGUGUCCUCGGAGCCCUCCACUCUCCAGGGUGAGCAGUUGGAGGGUCGUCUGGAGGUGCGACAGGUCGGGGCCGGUCAGGGUGGAGAGGGGGCAGAGGACGGGAAGGGUUCAGGUCCCAGCAGGAGGAGUCGAGACACUGGACGGGACGGAUCUUACCACAACUGGAGAGAACGUAAGCUGCUAGAACUUUUGGAGUCCUGGAGUAACAGAGAAGACUCCGAUAAGAGUCAAAGUUGAGCGUGACGUAAUGAGCAGAGAGAAUCACAGGAUCACAGAGUCUUCAGGUGAACUACAGGCAGGCUGAUGACAGUUUAGACAACAGUUGUGGCCUAGAGUAAAAAAAUACUAAUUAUUCGUAUACUGAGUAAAGCAGAGUGAGAAAAGUCAAGUCUAACUUACACAACGCCUUGUUAUUGUGGAUUUGCACGCUGUUCUGUAGGUGGCGUCCCUCAGGGCAGUCCAAGGCGAGGGGCUCCUGGCGGAGGUGGAGCUGGACGAGGAGGAGGAGACGGCUCGGAGUCGGCGGCAGAGAGGCUGCAUGACGCCCAGCUGCAGCAGCAGAUCAUCCUGGCUCUACGGAGGCUCAGAGAGGACAUGAGGAGUGUGAUGGACCGGCUGGAGGUGGUGGAGAGGCUCGCUGCUACACAUGUGAGCACACACAGUCGUCUUUUGUAAACAGUUAAAGCCAGACAAACUUUGAUCCUGAUUCUGAUAACUUUAAAUGUUUUGUGAAACUUUUUUUUUCCAAAAGAUAAUUCUAAAGUUUUGUCGAACUUCCCCUCCAAGCCUGCCUCAGAGGUCUGACUGAAGCUUUUUCUUGUUUAACAGACCCAGAGUUCAGAGUGGAGACCAUGCCUUCAGUGUGCAGCUGCAGCCUCACAACAGGUAAGACCUCAUGUCUGCAAAGUGUCUUUAUUAUUAUUGAUUAUUGAAUUUUUAGUUAUUGAAUUUUAACUUGUACUUGGAUUUUAUCGUUUGACUCAUGUUCCAUCUGUUUACAUGGAGAGGCUGGGCCGGCUGCGUAAUACGAUGUGCUUUUUUGUGUCUCAGGAGGAGAGUUGGUGGCCUUUUGACAUGUCGGGUCAGACCGUCCUCCUCUUCCUCUUGUGGCCGUUUGUAGCUCAGGGUCUGGUCUACCUGCUGAGGAAAGCCCAGAGGAGGAACCGCAUCACUUCAUGAAGAAACAAAAGACUUUCACCGAUUCACCGGCAGAGAGAAGUUUAAUUUCUACAGCGAGAAAAGAUUUAAUCGAAACUGAAUGAACAGAGAGUCUUUAUCCUCCCCUCACUGUGAGCACGAGAAGGAGGGACAGAGGACACAUACACCUGAUCCAGGUCUGGAUCCAGAUCACCCACUACAGAACAAGGAUCUUUAUUUAAAUCAUUCAGGUGGAUUAAUCAGCUGACCUCUGAUGGCAGCAGAAACUUGUCUGAACCAGUUCUCACUGAUCAUGAUGAACCUGAAUACAAUACUCGGGUUUUAAUCUCUCUACCCAAAUAAGUGAGACAGUAAGUCACUCAUCCUGCCUUUCAUGUAGCUCGGGGCUGAACGGCUCAUGUCUCAACAUCUUUUGUAACUUACAGGAUAUUUUGCGCUCAGAGCAAAGCAGAGCCACCGGUUUAAGAAUCUACUGAUCUGUUGAUCGGGAAGUCAUGUAGCUGCAAUAAUGUCACUGUCACUUUAAAAUGGUGAAGACCGCACUGAAUGAGAUCCAUUUUUCUUUUACACCUCUCAUUUACUCAAUCUUUCACAGGUGAUUCUUAACCUCAGAUUGUCUGUCAGUGUCUCUUUGGACUCAUUUGUCAACUGCGAGGGCCCCCCCAAGGAUAAUCCCAAACCACAAUAAUCUGGAUACAACUGCAAAACUUUAUUAGAUAAUUGACUUUGAGAUGUAGAUGAAGCCUUAAAAGAGGAAGGUGUUCGCAGUCUGUCCACUCCUCUAAUAACUCCUCAGGGGUAAAUAAACCUGAUCAAAAUCCACUCUGUAAAAGUGUUUCUCUGUCACUGACAGGCUCAGAUUGUUUCUCCAAGUGUCUGAUUUAACAUCCUUUCUCUCUAAAAGAGUAAAGACUACAUCCUCCUGGUUGAUCUAUAUGAAUAUAAUAAUGAAAACAGCUGAUUUCAGGAGUCUAUCCCUGAUUCAAACCACAGACUUUAUAUGGCAUGGACACAUCCUAUACAAAUCAGCCACGCCCAUAAAUAUGUAUAUGUAUACACAAGUCAAAGCCUAAAUGUAAUUAACACUAAUUAGUUAUUUAAUAAAGUGACCCUUGUGCUGUGUGUACAAAUAAAACAACCUUUUAACAGUUUAACUUUGGGCUCACUUUGAGCGACAGCCUCUAGUGGACACUCGAGGAAUUUUAGCUUUUUUGCACAAACACGUACAGUAUGUUUUAGGCCUGGGCGAUUUGGCCAAAAAAGUGAUCACAAUAUAUUUUGUCGUAUCGUCCGAUCUCGAUUAUUAUUACAAUUUUUUUUCAAACUGCCAGUUUUAAAGCAUCUGUACUAAAAACUAAAGAAACUAGAGAUUAGUUCAACAUUUUAUCAACAUAAGAAGUAAAUAACAAAGAAUAAGAUACACUUGGAAAAAUAUAAAAACUUUUUAACUCAACAAAAAACAAAUGUAGAUAAAUACUAAAUACAUCCUGGCUUUUUAAAGUACAGAUAAAUGUUGCAUAGAUACUGACUCAGCCUCAGAGGCAGGCUUUCAGGCAAAUGGCUGCAGCAUACCUAUCAGCCAAUCAGCUGUUUCCCUGAUUAUGUUAAUUGUUUUUUGUCUUACUAGCUUCAAACUAGAGGAGUAAUGGAAAUAAUCCCUUUUAUGCGGUGCCAUGUUUUCGAGACAGGAAUCAAUUGCUUAUCCAGGCUGUUACAUGUUUAAGUCUGCUGUAGAAUUAUCCCAUCUUGUCAGACACUCUGAGCCUGUUAGCGACAAAAAAAAAAAAAACACUUUGAGUGACAUACUUUGUGCAUUUGUCCAUGAGGAGUUGAGCUGCAGCCUUUGCAGUGUGUUUGGCACCUUCUGACACGAGCAAUUAUGAAAGUCUCUGUGAUCAUAAACAUUUAGACUCUAAAAUCUGUCAAAAAUUGUGGAAUCCUCCUUUAAAUCUUCAGAUUAACCUCCCUGUUAGGUUCUCCAGUGCCCAUCAUCAGGAAUACACCUUUAGUUUAUCACAGUGAAGCUAAUUAUGUAGCUAAUGAUGCUGAUUUCAUGUUUGUGUUCACAUCAUCAGGUUGUUGUUGUUCCACCUGUUUUGUUUUCUGUGGGUGUUAUCUGUGGGAGUGACUCUGACAUGGCAAGUGUUAUUGAGACUUUUGUCCAUCACUGAUGGGAGAGCUGCAGUGAACAGAUGUAUAAAAUACUGAAGCAUGAGCUCUAAUUAAAAAGUUUAUACCCUAAGAUGUGUUGUGUGAGCAGGAGGAAAAGUCAAUUUGGUAGGAA